AGGGCGUGUUGGAGCUGUCCGCUCGGGGAAUAUGAUGGCAAUAUUGGACUCACACCAAAGCCAGUGACUAGCACAUGAACGGGCUUCUCGCUCUCCACAGCAGGAGGUUGCCGUGCAGCAUACGAGGCGUUGGCCAUCAUAGAAACGAUCGCAAAAGAGGCAGAAUAGACAAAAUCUGAGUGCGGAGAUAUCGAGAAGUUAAAGAAGAUGCAAAAUAGCAGGAUCCUACCGAUACUCCCAAGGAUGCUCCAUGCAGACUAACGCGCUGGAGUGAUGACGAAGGGUCGGCUGUGCCCGAACAUCGCGCCUAUUCGACAGGGGGUAGCCACGUUGAGCGAUACGCAGGCUGCAGGCUCACAACGACAUCUUGAAAUAAUCAGCAGGACGAUGCGUGGUCGCACAAUAAUAGCAUGCAGAUCGUGUCUUUGUUGUGGUCAUCGAAGCAGUGUGAAGACUCGGUACUCGUUGCUAGCGCGAAUCACAUGGUCGCUAAUUUUGUGCUCAGCAUGGCCAGGUCCGAAUUGCGGAUUCAUCCUUGGAGCAAGGCCAACCCCGCAAAUACCCCACAUCGUCCUCGUUCUAAAUAGUGAACCUGUUCGAAGCUGCCUCGUAUGCUCAGACAUCGGAAGAUACACUCGAGAUGAAGCAUCAUCGGAUAGCGCCAUCGGCUGCCGCACUAUAGCAGCUGCGCGUCUCGUAUAUUGUUCCUGGAGCCCCGAACUUGGGCCUACCGAAAACGUUGCUAGUCGAAAUGCAGGGCGACGAGCUAUUGACGCCUGGUUGAUUUGCCGGGUGCGGAGCUCUUGCUAGCAUGCGUCAUCACAAGUGGUGUCGAAGGAACCAAUCGGAUGAAGCUCGAAGUGAGUUACUGCAGAGCCGCACCCGUAUUGACAGCCGUGCUUGAGACCCGUAAAGCUCACUUC